GCUCGGUUCUCCCUCCAUUCCCCCGGAUCGCGGCGGGCUCGGGCGGCGGCAGGAUGGCGGCUGGGCUCCUGCCCCUGCUCCCGCUGCUGCUGCUGCUACCGGGCCGGGGGCCGCCGGGGGCCCUGGGCAACCGGCACGCCGUGCACUGGAACAGCUCCAACCCGCACCUGCGGCGGGAGGGUUACACAGUGCAGGUGAACGUCAACGACUACCUGGACAUCUACUGCCCGCACUAUAACGCCUCGGUGCCCGAGCACCGGCUGGAGCAGUACGUGCUGUACAUGGUGAACGCGGAGGGGUAUCGCACCUGCAACACCAGCCAGGGCUUCAAGCGCUGGGAGUGCAACCGGCCCCACGCGCCCCACAGCCCCAUCAAGUUCUCGGAGAAGUUCCAGCGCUACAGCGCCUUCUCACUGGGCUACGAGUUCCGCGCGGGGCAGGAGUACUACUACAUCUCCACACCAACACACAACCACCGCCGGGCCUGCCUGAAGAUGAAGGUGUUCGUCUGCUGCGCCUCCACGUCACACUCCGGGGAGAAGCUGGCGCCCACCCUGCCCCAGUUCACCCUGCGGCCCGAGGUGAAGAUCGAGGACCUGGAGAACUUCAACCCGGAGAUGCCGAAGCUGGAGAAGAGCAUCAGUGGCACCAGCCCCAAGCGGGAACACUUGCCCCUGGCCGUGGCCGCCGCGCUCUUCCUCAUGACCCUGUUGGCCUCGUAGCUCCCGGCGCCCGCGGGGGCCCGGCCAGCGCCGCUCUGCCGAGUGCGGCCCCCCCGACCUGCCGCCCCUCCUGAGAGCCAGCGGGGGAACCACUGCGGGACCACCACCACCCCUGCCCGGAGAGCCGCCCGCAGAGCUGCCCUGCGGGGCGGGGAUCGUGGCAUGCGCCGAUCCUGGCUGGACUCGCCUCCCACCCCGCCAACGGGCGCGGCCACGUCCGCAGGGACGCGCCACACCUCCUGCCGACACCGUCCUGUGCCGCGGGGUCCUGCCCGCAGCCCACCCCGUGCCCUGGGGCUUGGGGGGCAGCUCCACGAGGGGGAGCCUGGUGAGGGCAGGGCCCCCCCCAGGGCCGGGCAGCCUGUACAUACCCAUAUAGAUCUAUACAUACUGUACAGAGAGCGACUACAGAGAUAUAUCUAUACUGUACCAUAGGCAGCGGCGCCGGCCCCGGGCUGGCUUGUACAUAGUCGAACGUGUUGGAUUUUCCUCGUCUUCCGUGAAGACCCGACCUAUGCAAACGCACAGACACUUUUUGGGGAAAAACAAAACAGAACAAAACAAAACAAAAAAACAAAAACGAAAAAAAAAACA